CAAAAAGAUAAUUUUAUUUUUAAGAUUUUUAGUUCAUUUUACCGCUAUUGAUAACUAAUUCAUAGUAUGCGGAUCUAACUCAAUAAAUUUAUUAGUUGAUAUGAAGUCUGAUCUAAAGUACUCAUGCUUCGAAAAUAUAAGAUAUAGAAUACUUCUUUAAUUGGAGGUAAUUUUGUUAGAUGUAAUUUGAGUGGAUCAGAAUUCAAUAAUGUGGAUAUAAGCGGACUGAAUUUAAAUGGAGCUUAAUUAUUUAAUUGUAAAUGGAAGAACUUGAAAAUCCAUGAGCUAAAUAAAUUUGAUGGCCAUUCUAAUUAUAUAUAAUCAGUAUGCUUUUCUCCAAAUGGUACUACAUUAGCAUCUGGUAGUGCAGAUAAGUCUACCUGUUUAUGGGAUGCUAAAUCAGGUUAAUAAAAAAAUAAAUUUGAAGGCCAUAAUGAUUAGAUCUGUUCGAUAUGCUUCUCCUCUGAUGGUAAUACAAUAGCAUCUGGAAGUAGAGAUUACUCAAUCUGUUUCUGGGAUAUUAAGACAGGAGAAUUAAAAUUCAAAUUGGAUGGUCAUACUAGUUAUGUUUCAUCAGUAUGCUUCUCACCUAAUGGUACUCUAUUAGCAUCUGGUAGUUGGGAUAACUCCAUCCGUUUAUGGGAUUCUAAAACAGGAUAAUAAAUAACCAAAUUGGAGGGCCAUUACGAUUGUAUCAAUUCAGUUAGUUUCUCGCCUGAUUCUAUAACAUUAGCAUCUGGUAGCUGGGAUAACUCUAUCCGUUUAUGGGAUCUUAAAACAAGAUAAUAAAUAUCAAAAUUGGAUGGCCAUCAUGAUAGUGUCAAUUCAGUAUGCUUCUCUCCUGAUGGUACUAAAUUAGCAUCUUGUAGUGGAGAUAAAUCUAUUCGUUGAU